AUGACGACCCAGAGAGGAGCAGAGAGAGUCAUUCGGGAGCUUACUGGCGAAUACAAGCUGGACGAGAACGUGUAUGAGAGUGGCAGAAAGUUCUUGCGCGAGUUGCUUCUCUAUAUUGACGCGAAAGUUUUCACGAAAGCCAGGACGCACAAAGAAGCUCCAUACGCAUCUUUCAAGAUACACUCUAGUCAUGUUGAAGUUGAGUUCAACGACGACGGCUUUACGGAAAGGGAUCUACAACAUAUUUGUGUGCCUUCCACCAUUGAGGAUGGAAGCAUUAGGGAAGAUUGUCUCAAAUCGGUCUUCAAAUCUACAGCCAAUGUUUAUCUCCGUUCAGGUGGCUACUCCAUUGACUUGCGUCUCUCGUCGAGUAGGGGCUCGAUAGAGCCAAGUUGGGUCGCGCCAUCUGCCCCAAUACCCGAUGCACUAACGCGCAUGGUUAUCUAUUUUCACGACUAUGGCACCGAAGAACACCUGGAGCGCCUGAAGGGCAUUAUUGUGGCACAAUAUGAAAGCUUACAAGCUGAAAGCCUACUGUUUCUUAGAUCACUCCGGCGCAUAAGCGUUGAGUUCUAUGGCAAGGGCGGUGAGCUCCGUCAAUCCAAACGAUUCUGCAAGCAAUGGAUCGCAUGGAAUCGCGAAUUACUUAAAGCCAAAAUCGAUAACCACGAUGAAAAGGAAGGACAAGAUCAAGUGUUCUUUGUGACGGAGCGGGGAGCUUUGGGCCGACGAAAUGUCAAAUUGGCGUUCCCACUGACCAAGAGCGACAAGCCCUUGAUCGGCACAAGAGACAAAGGGAUAUUCAACAUUUUGCCUAUCAGCAAAUCAAAGUACAACUUUUUGAUAGACGCCGAUCUUGAGCUUGACAAUCAACAAAAGCUUAAGCCUGACUCGAAAAGGAAUCAAGAAAUUCGUAUCUGGAUUGCAGAGGCGUUCUUGCAGGCCGUCUCUAUCUUUUGCAUUCCCACCAAUCUUCGUUAUGAAUGGCCGUUAUUUCUCCCUCCAAUCACUCACAAGACGCCCCUCAGUCUGGAGAUUCGAAAUAAGGCUCAGAAAGGCCUUUUAGUGAUGGUCCAUAAUCAGUCAGCAUCGAGAUGCAUGAAUGAUAUAAGAAUCCUACCUAAUCAUCUGAAAGACGAGAACGGACAACCGCUGCUAGAGCCUUUCGAAAACGACAACCUUUUGUCAAUGGACUAUCCUCCACGCGUGGUGCAGAUUUUUAAGGAGCACGGUGCAAAGACCUUGGAGGAUGAGGCUUUUUUGGGACAGCUGGAGGCUGAUAUGAGGUCAAAAAGUCCCAAGAUGCGUCGAAAACACACUACUGAAGAGUGGCAUUCAAGAAUGGCGCGAUUCCUUCUCAAGUUCUCGCAAACGUCAACCUUGAAUGCUUCGAGGGUCAAGACUAUUGAAAUUGUGCCUUUGAAAGAUGGGACAUGGACGUCUAUGCUAUCUGGACCGGUCUACUUUCCAUGUACGGGAGACAUUCCCCUCCCCGACACCAAAUAUUUGAAGGUGGUGGCGCCACGCGCUACUCGAAAUCCAGAUUGGUAUGCUCUAUUCAAAUCCCUUGGGGUUACUCAGCCCUCCGUCGAAACUACCAGGGAGUCAAUUCGUGGAAGCCUAAUGUUUGCACCUGAUACUAUCCCGCUAAAGCGUGUCAACGACUAUCUGCAAUAUCUCUACCUCACGCAUGAAGUCAGCGACUGGACGCGGGAUGAUUACGAAGAAGUUCUAGUUCUAUCAACAGACUCGGAACUUGAGAGGCCACAAUAUGAUUCUAAGGCAGUUUAUCUACCAGGCAAAGACCACCCGUUCAGUCCAGAAAGCCUUCUAGGACCUAUCAAGUCGGAAUCUUCUCUUUCCUACUCUUUCUUACAUCAUGAAACUUUGAGUUAUGUGCCAACUCAGGACAACGCUUCACAAAUCAGCUGGAGGAGAUGGCUUUGCGACUUCGUUGGCGCGAGGGAAGAAAUCUGCCUCGAAUCAGCCAGGACUGGGAAAUUAUCGUCUGAUUUCCUUUAUAUCGUGAGUCAAGGUCCAGACAAGCUUCUGGGCCUUCUCGAACAUCUUCUGUCUAAAGGUGAGGUGGAGCUAUCAAGCGAGUCUGCCAUCACAUCUGAGAUUCGGCAGCUGUCUGGAAGCAACCUUUGUGAUGUUGAAUUCGCGAUCGAGUUACAAGAUACUUGGCUUCCUCUCAAAACUCUCACUUGUAUAGUUGAGGCUUACAUGGAACAACCCGACCACUUCCCUUUUUUGAGAUCCAUCGAAGACGAUACUGGAGGCAUCGACACAAAGUGGAACUUUCUGUCCGAAUAUCUUCUUGUCGGUAAGGAAGAUAAUCUCGACUUUCGUCUCGAGAUCUUGCGUUCAAUACGUCGCUCAGAUCUUAAGAAGGAUCCAAUUUGUCAACUGCAAAAGGUCCUGUGCCUAUAUACUUCCAUGUAUGCCAAGCUCAUUGCCUCCGGAGAAAUGACAACUGACAGAGAGAAGCUCAGAAACUUCUUCGAUGAAUCCGGAGUCGUCUACUUCUAUGGAGAAGAACUUGAGUGGACGAGUUCCUCGUCUUGUUUGUGGGACGCACCACCGGAAAUGGUCACAAUGCGCUCGCUCAAGUCCUCUUACCAUGUUCAAGGCUCGAACGCCAAAGUUAGAAGCACCCUACAGAGCCUUUUCGUGGAAACGCUCGGUAUGCAGAAUGCUAAGCUUGAACAUUUGGUGGCAGAGCUGAAUGAGCUGCGAAUCAAAAAUGAGGAGGACUCUGCGAAGAUUCUGCGGAUCUAUGACUUCUUGAACACGAAUAUUCCCUCAUCCAAGGAUAUGAGGAGUUUAUUUGGGAGCUCGCCGCUUAUCUUCAUCCCCCACGGCCCAUACACAGGAUGGCACACGUCCACUGAAGUCCUAUGGUCUAGCAACACGUCCCUAUGCGGUAUGGGGACCCUGGACGACACAUAUGAAUCACUUCGCGAUUUCUUCGUCGACAAACUGGGCAUUGAGUCAUUAUCGCUACGAAUACUAUACGACCGCUUGAUAAAGUCUCCGAAGUGCGAGCCGCAGCAGAUGAAAGAGGCCAUUUUCAUCUUGAAUGACUUCCUACGAAGCGAGCCAGGAUUCCUGGAUCCGCAGCCUCUCAGGGAUGCUGAGAUAUUCCCUAUCAGACACCCAACGCCCAUAUUGCUUUCAUUUCACUCUUCCUGA